AUGCCUGGCGCCAUCUCGCUCGGCCUCGCCCGCAUCAACCGCCUCCUGUACCUCCUCAAGUCGCCCCACUGCGCCACGCCUGUCGUCCACAUCUCGGGCACGAACGGCAAAGGGUCCGUGUCGGCCUACCUCUCGUCCAUCCUGUCGCACAGCCACCUCGCCGUCGGCCGCUUCAACAGCCCGCACCUCGCCGACGAGUGGGACUGCGUUCAGCUCCACGGCCGCACCGUCGACCCGAGCCAGUUUUACGCCGUCAAGCGCGAGGUCCAGCGCGUGUCGCAGCGCGAGGCCGUCGGCGCGACCAGCUUCGAGGUCCUCACGGCGACCGCCUUCUCGCUCUUUGCGCGCGCGCAACCGCCACUCGACGUCGCCGUCGUCGAGGUCGGAAUGGGCGGCGCCGAGGACGCGACCAACGUCGUGCCCGCCGACAAGACGCUCGUCAGCGUCGUCACGGCCGUCGACCUCGACCACCAGAAAUUCCUCGGCGACUCGGUCCACGACAUUGCCCAGGUCAAGGCGGGCAUCGCGCGAGAGGGCGGCGACGUCGUCCUGAGCGCCGGCGAGGCGACGCUUGUCGAGCACGAUGCUCGCGCGUCGACUUCUUGCCUUCCACCUCCACCUCUCGUCUCGAUCCCGCUCGCCCCGACCGCCAUCCACCCGCCCUUCUCGACCUCGACCUCGUCCCCUUCCCCCGCCCCUCUCUCGACCCGCCUCCCCCUUCCCGGCGCGUACCAGCUCUCGAACGCGGCCACCGCCGUCCUCGCCGCACAGCUCUUGCGCACCCUGCCCCGAGCCGUCGCCAUGGUGCCCUCGCUCGAGACGCACGUCACCGACGACUCGAUGCGCGCCGGCGUCGAGGCGACCACGUGGCCCGGGCGGCUCAGCUGGCUGUCGCUGCCGACGCCGCUCUCGGCUGCGUCGACAGGCGCAGUAGCAGAGCCCGCCGCCAGCUCGGCGUCGACUCGGCCCCUCCUUCUCGACGGCGCGCACAACCCCUCGUCGGCCCGCCUCCUCGCCGCCUACCUCUCGUCCCUCCCGCCCUCCUUCCGACCAACCGCCCUCGUGUUCGCCCUCUCGGCCCCUCGCGACCCGACCGACGUCGUCAAGCCGCUCCUCGACGCCCUGGCGGCGAGCGACGAGGAGUGCGGCGAGGCGCGCGACGGCCGAGCGCCCUCAAGGCGGGUCCGUGUCGUGUGCACGGGCUUCUCGCCGCCGGCGGGCAUGGAGUGGGUGCGUGCGACACCGCCGGACGAGCUGGCACGAGCGGUGAAGGCAGUCGUCGACGGCGACGACGACGAGGGCGCGGGUUCGUCGAGCGCGAGCGUCGAGGUGCUCGAGGCGGACGACGUCGAGGCGGCGCUGCGGCUACUCGAGGAGGGCGACGUGGCGGCGGUGGAGCAGGGCCCGGUGGUCGUGGCGGGCAGUCUGUACCUCGCGGCGGACGUGCUGCGACUCGAGCGGCGGCUCGGUGCGGCUCGAGAAGGUGGGCGAGAAGGCGACUCGUAG